CAGGAUGUUAUCCUCCACCCUCCUUACCUCUCCCCUCCUCCUCCUCUUCCUCCCUCUCCUCCUCCUUCCAUCACUAUCUCACUCCGCAAACGUCCUCCUCCUAUGUGGAGUACACGGCUCACGACUCCUCGUCACAACAGAAGUGGCGGUAAAACUAGCAGAGUUCGGUCACAACGUCACCUUGUUCACUCCCAUGAACGAUAAGAGACUAUCAUCUGGAAACUGGAAGUUUACUUUUGUAUCUGUUGAGGACAGUAGAUCUCAGAAGAUAAAGGACAAUACGGAGGAAUUGUUAGAGGGUGUGUUAGAUCUGCCGUCUCCUGAUAUGGCUAUAAACAUGUUGGUUGGGACUGAUAAAGCGUGGGAAAACAUGGUGAACUACACUGAGUUUGCUGCUGAACAUUUUGAGGGAGAAAAGUUUGCAGAGUUGUUGAGGGAUGGCCAGUUUGAUUUGAUAGUGGUGGAAGAUUUGGCUGCGAUUCCUGCUUUAAAAGUUCUCGUUCGAUUGGAUACUCCUAUCAUAGGGAUAAUGUCGGUAGCAGAUACGAAGAACGUACGGGACAAGUACUCCUUGCCAGGAUUAAUGAACAGUGAGCCAUCAAUGUUAAACGAGAUAACAGAAAAUACUCCACCCUCCCUCUUUGAGCGAAUCACAACUUUGUUCAGACUUUUGAAAGUUGUCAAAGCGUACAUACCCUUCCUAAUAAAUCAAUUCAAAGACGACGUCAAAGAACUCGGUAAAGAUUUCACCGAAUACCAAUCAAUCUACGACAUAGUGUUUAUUUUAGACCACCCUGCCUACUCAUUCCCAUACCUCGCCCCUCCCAACACCUUCUACCUAGGAGUGUUCCACUUACAGAACCGCUUAAUCCUCCCACUACAUGCUGUUUACACGAACUUUCUGGAAAACUGUCCGCACACUCACAUAGCAUACAUGUCUUUUGGAAGCUAUCUAAAGGAUCUUACUAAGUUUCCUAAAGCUGUGAGCAUUAUCCGGGCAGUAGCAGAUAUGGACCUGUGCGUGGUUAUAAAGUCAGGGUCUGACAUAGCAACAGAGUUUAACCUGUCCCAAAGUAAAGUGCUGAGCCAGUCCUGGGUGCCUCAGAAAGACUUGCUGGGAAGUGGUAAAGUGGACCUGUUCAUCUCCCACUGUGGUAAUAACGGCAGAUUGGAAGGUUUGUUCUACAAUGUUCCCCUGGUUUGUGUUCCAUUAUUUGCUGAUCAACUACAUAACGCAAGACUCGUUCAGAGGAACGGUUUUGGGAGAUUUAUUACGAAGGAGCAGCUUACCGAGGAGACUUUUAAAGGAGUUUUGGAGGAGUUGUUGGGUAAUGUGGGUGUUUACAAGGAGAAGAUAAAGAGAGCUACUGAUAUUGUGGUGAAGGACCCUGGCGCAGGAGACAGCGCGCUGAGGUUUUACACUGAUCUGUUGAUCAGUGACAGGAGUCAGGCUGGGUUUCUUAUAAAUAAGAUUAUCAUGAAACAGUCCUCGUUUGAAGUUAACAACUUGGACAUCAUUAUGGUUGUAUGCUUCGCAAUUUUGGGUUUUGUUUUUUGGAUUUUGGUUUAUACGUGUAGAAUUUUGAAGUUUUGUUGCAGAAAAAUUUCAAAAGUGGGUAAGUUCAAAACCGAAUGAAAUUUUAUUAAAAAUAAGAUGUAUUUAUAAUAUGUAUUCUGUUGAAUUUAAACUGUAAUCUUAGUCUUUGGUUUUAGAUUUUUAAAGAAUUUUCGAUCUUAUAAUUUUAUUCAUGAAUUCCCUUGGAAUGUUUGUUUUUUACCGAAUUAAAUAACAUUUCAGAAUUAUUCCGUUGUUUUUCUUAAGUUUCUUGAGUUCUUGAGUGACAAAAUGGAAUUGAUCAUUGUAAGUAAACUGUUUAAAUAAUAGGUAGAUUUGCACAUGUUGUCUUAAAUAUUGCAGUAUUAUUGUUGUACAUGUUGUACAUGAAUUGUAUAUUUUAUCAAAUUCCGAGUUUUACAUUCAGAUUCGGAAUAAAGCUUAACACGAAGACUCAAUAUUGAGGAUUGUAGCAGGUAGCUACUACAAUACCAACAUAAUAAUAUUGUUGGUACCGUAAAACUUCUUUAUACCGUGUCUCUUUAUACCGUGUCUCUUUAUACCUUGUCUCUUUAUACCUUGUCUCUUCAUACCUUGCCUCUUUAUACCGUGUCUCUUUAUACCGUGUCUCUUU